AUUCUUCUUGUUACCCUCGGCCAUGUCGGCAAUGGAAGUGCUCGUGAACGAUCGCACUGGUCGGAAGGCUCGCAUCAAGUGCAACUCGGAUGACACGAUUGGCGAUCUCAAGAAGCUCAUUGCAGCGCAGAUUGGCACCCAAGCCGACCGCAUCGUGCUCAAGAAAUGGAAUAGCAUUCUCAAAAACCAAAUCAUGCUGCAAGAUUACGAAAUCUCAGAUGGACAAAGUCUCGAGUUAUAUUACAGCUAGUGCAAGAAAAGAAAAGUACAUCUUGAUGGUUGGAGAGCGAUGCAUCACAUGCCUGUCAACGAGCGAAAACGGACAACAAUCACGCAUUACAGAUCCAAUCA